GACGAAAGUAGAGUGAGAUGUGACAUAGGAAAGUUAUGUGCCGGGAGCGACACAUCAGACUCCUUUCCCUCCGUCCGGGUUGGCUUGGCCAAUGGCAACAAAAUGUUGCGGGGACGCAUCUGAGAACCUGCGGUCUCGCGCGGAUGAGUGCCGACAAGGUUUCAUGACUUUUCCUCUCGUAGGGUCCUGCAGCAUGUAGAGGAAGCAGUAGAUGCAUGAGCCGGGCUGGAUAAAACCCCUGAGAUCUUCAACUAUGGGAGUAACGAUACGAAACCAAAGCUUCCGCGGGGAGCCAACAAUCUUGGGUAACUCAAGUUGAUAAUCGGAAGAACCAACACGCUCUGCAAGGGACUGGAACUCCGAUGACAACUCAGAGACCUCGGCUUGGGAGUGGAACAUGGACGGGAUCUCGGCUGAUCGGAGCAUCACAACUGUACUUGCUUGUAUUAACAAUUAUGACUGAGAUGUUUUCUGCCGCCUUCCGGACGUCAGAGAGCAGCGGGGGAAGGACAAAUCUGGAGAAGUCAGGCAGCAUGCGAAUGUGCAAGACGACAUCAUCCCAUUGCAUAGUGAGUUGUUGGACUUGUGGGGACUGGUCUUCAGAAGAUGCGUCUAAUGUUUUGCGAAGGCGAAAGCUGAUUUGCCUGAACUCUUCCGCCAAAGCUUCGCAAGCAGCACCUGAAGUUCAUCGCUCGGUGUGCGAAACCGUGCCAAAUGAGUCCAGAAAAAUUGUAAGGCCUUGCUUCACUAAUUCCACAGCAGUAUGAAGAUCACUACGAGAGACUCCAUGAGAUACUUGAGAGAGUUGCAAAUAAUAACUGAAGGCCUCGUCCAAACCUGAUGAUAGACCCUGCUGGUUGAACCUGUCUCGUAGGCUAAUGGAAAGGCUGUUGAGGUACCCAGAUCGGUCGGGAUGACCAGGAGAACAAAGCUCCAGUGCAGCUCGAUGGAGCUUAAUAGCCUCGCCUACGUCAGACAGGACACCCCAGACAGUGCAACAGUGCAGCUC